ACACAUCAAUACAUCCACCUCCAUCAACUAAAUCAGUCUGGUGACCACAGGACGAUAGCAUGAACGUUUCUUUAUUCUCACGGCAAACCGUAAUUGGAUCAAAGUUGGCCCACAUACCUAAUAUUCAGGCUCGAGAGAUCUGCCCAGAUCACAGGCUGAUAACCUACGAUCAUCCGGAUUCCGAUCUUCCUGUACUAUGGGCGAACAGAAGGCUGGAUCCGCCUUGUUACCUGGUUUGGACCAACCUGGGAAACGAUGGCAUCCGGAUUUUUCUAUGAACCGCCGUAGAGACCGGCAAGUUGGCGAUCGACUCUUCAAGGAAGCAUUAGAGAAGAUUGAAAUGGAACGUGGUCUUUUGGAAGCUUUCCUUAGGGAUGUAGAGACUUCUGGGCCCGCGUUCAAGGCAAUUCAAGUUCGGAAAUUCUUCCGUAAUUCAGACCGGGGCCUUGAUGCCAAGAUUUGGAUGGACUUUCGUGUUGAAAGCAAUCAGGAUCAAUAUACGCAUCCAAACUGGCUCACCUCAAAUGAUAUGGCAAGAAUACUCGAAAAGCUGCGCUCCCAUUCCGCAUCCUCCUUGAAUACCAUUCGGCAAUUGACAUUUGUUCCUAUCCUUACUCCGAAGGCGAUUGAGGACCUCGUUAUCACUGCGACAAGGAACGAGAUCGACGCAUUGAGACCAGCGGUAUGUCAACACAUUGCUGGCGAAACUCUCAUUCGUGUUGAAAUACCUGCUGAAGGCUUUUCGACCUUCAAACUGAUACUGAAUCUGCCUUAUCUGGUACUGGAGGAGACCGAACAAGAUCCUGCUGACCCUAAGCUGCUACCCAACGGCCAGAUUCGAAAGCAGUGGGCGGAUCUGUCGGAUCUACCUCUUGAGUCCGAUAACGGUGAGAUAUCGAACCGGUUUGCUAUAUACAAGUCCCAGAUCACUGUCGUUAUAUCAGGGUACGAUGAUUCAAAGUGGUUCGGAUACGCAUUUGGCAGCGUUGGACCAGAUGAUCCUACUCCAGACAAAGACGACGGUACCUGCGCUGACCAGGAAGAAGAAGACUUUGUCCCGGAGCCAGUGGAGGACCUCUUUGCUACUGGUGGUUCAGAUACCUUCUUCGGCCUAGAGAAUCCGAUUUGGGACCCUAGGGUUUACUUUCUCAAGGUAGUCCGUAUCAGGUUGGAUAUCGCCGUACAGGCGUAUGAGUAUCUCGUACGUACAAUAGAGGCUGGGGUCAAAGACUGGACCCGAGGGGUGAAUAACCACGAUUCUAACAAGAAAGCUCUGGAAAAGAUCAUAUACCUGACCCUUCUCUUACAGGAUUUAAAAGGGCACUUCUCACAGGCCAUCUCAGCCUGGGAGAAUUUUGAUGGUACCGGAGAUGCUUUGUACUUUGCAGAUCUACGGAGCCAUCAAGUCGCAUACCAGGCGUUGAGCGGUAUUGAGAAAGCGUUCGAGACCAUCGUCGACCUCCAACGAACAUUGACACAAAUGGAAAACAGGUGUCGAGCUUCGACCACUAUUCUCCAACUCCGCAUGACUGAUGAGAACAAUCGAAUGACCCAAGAGAACAAUCGCUUGACCUCCGAGAGCAUCGUGCUGAUCAGACGAACGACAGGUAUUAACCUGAUAACAAGCCGUCACAGCGAAGAGGCUGCAGCAAGCGCGGCCGAAAGUUCAAGAUCUGCCGAAGAAACAAGUCGUUCGACGCGCAUCAAUGUUCAGCUCUUCUUGUUUGGAACAGUUUUGAUGAUUGUUCUCCAGUACUUUUGCUCAGAGCGAGCACUCUUUCCUUUUGAACGAACACAGCGAGCUUUCUGGAUCAGUAUCGCUGUUCUCAUGCCUUCUUUUACGCUCCUCUCCACUAUUCUGUACCGCUUCGACCGUCUUAGGGAAUCUAUCCUCAGUCAACUGAUUGGAACAAGGAGGAAAGACGCAACUCUAAAGGUCCCAUGAGUACGGUCGACACAGUGUUGUCAAUAUAUUCGGGGUUGGUCAUCAAGCUUCUCAAUAUACUUAGUUACGUAGCUUAAAUGCCAGAAUUGCAUGCUUUUG